AUGAAAGCACUCGAAAAUGUUGACGGAGAUGAGAAAAGGAACAAAAAGAAGGCGAAGAUCGAUGCAUUCGGUGGUCUCGUUGGUUUAGAGCAGUACAGUGAUGAUGAUCACGAUGAUGUUGAAAAACGGAAGGAGAAAGCAAAUAAAGCAAUCAAUUACAAGAACGGUUUGCUUUCCGCACUUCCGCAGCCAAAAAGCAAAUCGAGGAUUGAAUCAAAAGGCGCAAAUGUCUUGUUACCGAAUAGUGUUCGAGCCCGAAAAAAAAUCAAAAAACAAGAGGUCAGUUGCAAUGUUUAUUUACCGAAAUAA